AUGGAUACUGAAUCAAGCAACUCUGUUGCAUCAAUGACUAGGGACAGUCUCCUGUCUUUCGAUGUCGUCAUAUCCACUCUGAAAGACGCAUCCGAUCUUCACAAACAAUGUCUCACACAAAAGGCUCUCUCUAAUCAGAGAGAUCGACUCAAAGUCUGGGCGAGUAAUAUAGGAGCCCUUCAAAGUGGGAAUGCAGCUCUUGACGCCCGGCUUCGGGGCUUUUCGGUGAUGAAACUGGCCAUUACUCAGUGCUUUGAGCAGCUCGGGCAGUUGAUAUCCAGCAAUAUGGAAAUAUUGCAAGGACAGCGGUUGUUUGUAGAACAGACGCUUGCUGAGUAUCAAGAAUUAUGGGAUAGUGCGUUUGAUGACAGUUCCGACAACGAAGACAGAACGCCUCAGAAGACUGAGUUGGGGCAGAGUCUAGUGGAGAUAGCCUCCAUUAUUUCCGAUCUUUUCAAGCUAUCUUUCAAACUGAGAAACCCUGCGGCAAGAUCGAUGGGGCCUCUGAUGUUGAGAGCGCUUUCUCAUAGACAGAUGGUAAGUCUGGACGAGGUUGAUGAGAGUGCUGUAUUAGACCUGUUCGAUUUGUAUACCGAGUUUGAUCGAACACACGUGGAAGAAACCUUGAGACAAUGGCGACUAGAAUCCUGGCACCAGAAAGCUUUGAGGUUUCCUAUCACUCCUGACGAAGCUAAGAUCACUCUUGCUGAGACAGAAAGAACUGACGCAUUGGUGAUAAAUGGAUAUCUUAUAGAGAGUCAACAUGACACACAAACACUGGAGCUCAUUCUGCCAUUGCCAAAACUGCCUGUAGCGGAAUCUACGGUGUUGUCUGAGACAAAAUUCACUUUGAGGGGUCGACAUACGGACACUGUGAGCAACAAUAGCUCCGCAGCAUCUCGCAUUUCGACCGCAUACAACAUCGACGAGACUGCAUCUAACCUUCCGCCUGCUCCCCUUCUGGCUCCCAACGAAACGGAGGCCCGAUGUCCCUAUUGCCAUCUCGUCUGCCCUGCUAGGGAAUUUCAACAAAGUCGCUGGAGAAAACAUAUAAUAAAAGAUCUCCAAACUUACAUGUGCACUCGGAAUGACUUCCCAGACCCAGACACCAUGUACGGGACUCGGUCUGCGUGGUUGAGUCAUGAGGCCCAGAUCCACAGGAAGGCAUUUCGUUGCUUUGAGCACCCAGAGAAUUUCUCGUCACGAGAAUCCCUCGAACAUCACUUCAUAUCAUCACAUCAAGAACUCGGGAGAGGCCAAAUUGAAGUAAUGCUAGAUUUGGGGCAGACUAGUUAUCAAGAAGAACGAGCCUCAUGUCCUUUUUGCCUGUCGACUGGGCCCUUUUUCAGAGGCCUUUUCAAUCAUAUGGCUUACCACCAAGAGAGGCUCGCAUACUUUGCUGCGACGGCACAGUCGCUCAAUCGGGACGACGGUCUUUAUGGCGAUACAGACUCGGAUAAAGCCCAGGGAGACGAUAACCCAGAUGCUUUGCAAUUGCUUGACUCUGAUAUUUCUUCGUGGGGUUCCAGUUCAAGCAAAGCAUCGGAAUCAUUUCCAAUGCAGAAAAGGGAGAUUUCUGUAUCUCUUGGGAGAGAAAUACGCCAAGCCAUGGUACACUCAAUUGAUACGGAGGAUGAUUCCGAUCCGGAGCCAUCUACAAGCUUAUUCUCGUCGAGGUACCUCACGAUGGACCAAUUGAAACGCAUUAUAAACCACGAGGCAAUCCUGAAAGAGCUAAGAAUACUGGACUUGUUCGAAGAGUCAGAACUGCCGAGGAGAGCCAUGGAAAUCCAGGGUGAUAUAGACUUCAAGCGGCAUACCAAACUGGGCCCUGGUCCAAAUGAUUCGACAGGCAUUUCCACUCCGUGCCCAACGCGGAAGAAGAUUUUUGCUAUUCUUGCUCUAAUGGGAAAAGUAACCGCUAUCGCCGAUGUUUGCGAUGAGGGUCUGUCAGAUGAGGACCUGCCAUUUGAGUUGGACCCAAACGGCUUGAGGCUAGUCAGGAGAAACGGGACGUCUUCACAACCUAUUCAAGCAUUCAUCAACUGGAGGGAACACGAGUCCGACAUGUUUGAUUCCUAUCAAUGGCACAUGUUAGCACCAUACUUUGUCCUCCCUGACGAUGAUGAUCCGAGGGUUAUGCAUUACACAAUGAGCCAUAUGAUUCCGCUCCCGUUCAGUUUGACCGAAAACGUGCCAAAUAGCGCCAUGAGUCCCGUCUGUGGAUACCUAGGUAUGAAGAAGAUCGAAAUUCAUCGCGCUCACCAUAGCCAGGGAAAUUCCAAGUUCUGGGCCAGCAACUCUCCCGGCGUUGAUGCAGUUGACAUGGCUACAUGGAUCUCAGCAUCUCAGCACAGCUAUUUGGUUUGGCUGAUGCCUUACAACUAA